GAUUUUUGUGUGUUCAGUAUAAUCAUUUCUGAAUUGGUAUCAUUCACUUCACGUUGGAAUAUCACAAUCAUAAAUAGAAUUGAUCAGAUAUGGCUUCUGUUGAACAACGUUUACAAAUGAAACGAGAACCAUUGGAUAAAUGGUCUGUUAGGGAACAGUUAUGCUUAGCCUCUGCUGUAGCUAGAAGUGGAGAUCAAAAUUGGAUGUCCGUUAGUCGGUCAUUGAAACCUUUCGGAGAUGCUAACCGUCCCUCAGACUGGUUUCAUCAAAAGAAUUGUGCGGCCCAGUAUGGAGCACUAUUGGCAAAUGUUGAAACCCCCAAAAGGAAAAAGAGACAAUCUGGCGGAGAUUAUGGGAUUGAAACUCCCGCAGAAUGUAUCUUGAGACAAUUGAAAACGGAGAGAAUUGCUGAAUUGAGGAAGUUACUGGCGGAAGAGAAAGCUGAGUACUUGAAGUUACAAGAAAACAUGACAGUAUUAUCAUCAGGGAAAUUUACCGAAGACCAGUUAGACCGAUGGUGUAAAGAAAUUGAUGAGGAAGAAAAUAGAAAAGACUUGGAAACUCUGAGACACUCCCAGUGGCUGAAAGAAAGGGAAACUAGAAAAAUGGAAAUAGAAAGGGCAUGGAGACCUGUAAAACCAAACACACCACAGAUAACGCCCCAAAAACGAAAAAAUUCAGAUUCAUUCGACAUCUUACUCGAGAGUGAACAGCAACAGGAAGAACACAAUUCUAAUCCAAACCCACCCAUUCAAGAAACUCCAAAACCUCAACUAUCCUUAUCCCCUCUUCUUACUAGUUUAUUGAAAUCUCCUUCGCAAGUUCAAAAUAUCAACCAAGCGUCAAUAUUACACUCGGCAAUCACUAAUCAAAGGACUGUGGUAACUAAUAACGCUCCAAAUAUAAACGCGAAUAUAAGCACGAGCACUGCUACGAACCCAAUGAUAGCAAGUUUGUUGAAUUCGACAACAAAUGUUGCGGUAUCUCCGGUAUUGCAACAUUUGGUCAGUACGGCCAUUGGACAAGAAACUGAUAACGUCGCUUUGGACCUGCAAAAUGCCGAUCUUGCAACACCUGACAUUUUAGAUGAUGAAACUUUGAGAAAUUUGAAGAUCGAAGACAUCGCCAAUAGUAUAAUAGUGCCCGAUGGUCCAUUGCCGGAAAUGAAGAAUGACGUCGACGUCAUUAUCUCCGACCUCAUCGCGGACCCUGAGCAACACUUACAAUUAGACAACAACGGAGAUAUAAACAUAAACUUAGAACUAGACGAUUUAGACGAUGGUGACCUAGAUGUCGAUACCGAACAAAAACUGGAAGAACAGAUCGUCGAACAAGAGCAGGUUAUCGAAGCGCCUGUUGUUCCGGAGCCGGAAAAACCCGCGGAGAAAGUGGAACCCCCGGUGGAUCCGUUCGAGUUCCAGGAAGAUCCCGAGUACGAACCAAAGAUGCCAAUGAAGCAACUGGAUCAGAAUAAGGUGCAAACUGCCACGUUUACUUCGAUUACGCCUCCUCAAGUGGAGGUCCAGGAGGAAAUAGCCACUGUCGUCGAAGAGAAUGUUGAUAAUCAAGUUGAAAUAACGGAAACCACUCCGGUACAAUUGGAAGAUGAGGGUUUGAAUAAAGAAAAGGAAGACGAGGAAACGGUAGCUUCUGGUUCUGUUGAAAUUGUUGAGGUUGCAGUGGAAGAAGAAGAAGUGGGGAAGGUGUUGGAUAAGACGCAGAUUCAAGACAUAGUUCACACCAGUGUAUCGGAGAGUAUAGAUGAAAACCAGAAAGAGGUAGAAGAGGAAAAAUCGGAAGAGGUUGAGACUGUCCCGGAGGUUAAAAUAGAGGAGCCUGAUGAUAACGAAGAAACUAAGGACACUGCCACUGAAGAAUUACCGGUAACCGAAGACAUCAAGGUGGAAGUUAAAGAGGAGGAACGUCAAAUCUCCCCCGUGGAUUCCAAGAUCGAACAGUUGAACAUUUCCCUCGAAAUCGAUAAAUCGUCAGAUAGCACCACCGUAGAACAGAAUUUCUCCGAUGAGCUAUAUGACGACAUUCAAAUGGAGGUGAAGAUAGACAAAAGUGGUAAGGCCAAAAGGGAUUAUUCUCGUACGAAAAAGAAGGAAGAAAAAGAUUUUGAUAUUCUUUUAGCGAUUGAGAAGGCGCACAUGGAGGAGAACGAAAUGAUGGAAGAUUUUUCGGACCGGGAAUUCUCGGAUAGGAAAGAGGAACCGAAGAAGGAAGACCCCAAGAGCGAGAACGAGAGAUCGAACAGUCCUUGGACGGAGGAGGAGGACGUGUUGAGCGUGCAAUCGAAGAGGAGAAUGUCGACGCCCGCGACUCCCUCCGAUUCUAUACCGAACUCGCCGGCUUCGAGUUCUGCGUACUACGACGAUGAUAAGGAGUACAGAAAUUGGAAAAAGUCGAUAAUGUUAGUUUACAGCUGGUUGGCUGCCCACAAGUACUCAUCUUUGUUCCUCAAACCGAUCACUGACGAACAAGCUCCCGGUUACCACAACUUGAUAUACAGACCUAUGGAUUUUCACACUCUUCGAAAAAAUAUCGAGAAUGGCGUCAUCAGAACGACGCAGGAGUUCAAACGAGACGUGAUGCUGAUGUUGAACAAUGCCAUAAUGUACAACAAGACCAACGGAACAGUUUACAAUAUGACUCGAGAACUACAACAGGAAGCCGUCGAGUCCAUACAGCUACUACUGCAGGCACAGUCGAGUGAAGACGCGCCUCCCAGAAGAGAAACGAGAAUGAGUGAACCGGGUUUGAAAAGAAAGAGAGUAUCUGAUGAUAGUAAUACAAGGACUAAAAAGAGAAAGGAAGAUUAGACCUUAUGUCGUUAGAGAAAAUUCUUGAGAAUAUGCUUUAUUUUAUUUUCAAAGAAUGGAAAAAAUAUUCCAUAUCUUCUGGAAUGUUCAACAGGUUUUAAAAAAACAUUUUUCUUGAUUGGUAUCUGGGAAUUAGAAACGAAAAUUAUAUUAUCGGUUUUUUGUACUCAGAUAUCUCUUGUAAAAAGUGUUGAAAAACAUCAGAGGAGCA